GGUCUCCAACAUCAAUUCGGAGUUUGGCCGCCCGACCUGUCGACCCUUAAAUCUGAAACUGCUUGUGUAAAGUGUAUGUGUCAUGUGAAAAAUUAUUAAUACAGCAACAGGGAAAUAAUUUCCUCAAACUAAUGUGUUUUGUUUCUUGGAUGCUAAUAAUUUGGAAGUAUUUGAUAGACCAAUAACAUAAUAUACAUGUGACAUCACACAAUAAAUAUAACCUUGAUGUUUGUGAUAUAUAAAAAAGUUUUGUGUUUAUAUACUAUAUAUAUUUUUGUGAUGACAUAUUUCCAACCUACUUUGGAUUAGUUCCCAUUAUUUAAGUACAAAGUACAUCAUUUUGUGUUAUUUAUUCAAAUAACCUAACAAUAUGGAGAAUCACAAUAAUAAGAUUAAUCUAGAAGAAAUAGUUGAUAGACAACACAAGAAAUUACAUGAACUCAAUAUGGCUACAGUAUUGAUAAAAAGUAAGCACAACAUAAAAGAUGAACUUCAAGGAAUUCAUAACAAAGUAUUGGAAAUGUCAUCUGGUGUUGAGAACAUGAGAAAAAUUUUGGAGAGAAUAAAAAAGCAAAAUACGUUUUCUAAAGAAUUAUUGUCAUUGCUUGAAACUUUGAAUAAAAGAAUUUCACACCAGAAAGAGAAUGUUCCACCAGAGUUGAUACAGGGUUACCAAAAUGUUGAACAAGGAUGCACAAGUCUUCAAACUCAAAUUUCUCCUCCUAUACCAGAAAAUGCUAUAAAUUCAACGCAAAAAUUGAUAGAGCAAAAAAUAUCUUUUAAUAAGCACAAUAAGGAUAUUGAACAAGAAACAAUAAAAGAUUGUAAAAGAACACUUUUUAAUGAACCAGAAGUAUGUCCAACAAUAUCAUUUAUAAGUGCAGAAGAAUUUAAUAAAGUGCCUAAAUAUAUGAUUGGAAGACACAGUUUGGAAACAAUUAAUAGUUUGAUCCAUGAUAUGAAUAAUACAUUAAUCACAAAGUAUACAAUAUUAUCAUUGGGAAAAGCGGCUGCACAGAAAAGAGGUGAAAUUAAUCUAUAUCUACAAUAUAAAAAACAAGAGUUUGAUAUUAAAGAAGAAAAAGGAUACUUAUACUUUUUCACAGCUGAAGAUUAUUAUUGGCAAACAAAAACAAAACUUGAUAGGACUAAAUUAAACUUAAUAACUGCAUUGCGCCAUUGCAAACGUUUACGCGAAUGUAGAAUAAAAAUGAAUUGCGAUAUAUUAUAAUUAAGUAAUAUAAUCUAUUGUAUAUUAUAUCUUUAUUAUAUGUAUAUUGUAUAAAUUAUAUCUAAAGUGUGCCUUUCAAUCAUGUAUUUAGACACUUUAUUAAAUUCUUCUACACUUAUAAAUUUCUAAAAUCUCAUUAAUU